UGGAACCACCUUCUUCUACGAAGAAGCCAGCAGCCUUACUGAAUACAAUAAUCCCAUUCUCUUUCUCCACAAUUAAUCUGAUGAGAUUCACAACGGUCGCGGUCUCAGAAACGUCCAGCUACGUCGUCGGAAAACUUAAAGAGAAAAAGCAAUACAACCAACAGAAGAUGGAGCUGGUGCGAAUCGGCAUCGGAAUGUCGUGCUGCGUGCUGUGCUGCCUUGCUGCUUUGGUGACAGCAACACGCAGGCAGUACGACACGAUCACCGUGUAUUGGCUAACUCCUCAGUACUUUUUACUUGGACUAAUGAGCGGACUCUCAGAAGAUGGGCUUGAAUCGUUCUACCAAUCUCAGGUUUCUGAGAGUUUGUCGACAUUCGGGCCGCCCUUUGAAGAAUUCGUGAUGGGUUUGGGUAAAUUUAUGAGCAUACUGUGCGUUCUCAUCUUCAGCAGGAGGCCUUUCAAAUGGUUUCAGAGUUAUAUAGACAACAGUAGCCUCAACAAGUAUUAUAUUUUGCUGGCAGUUUUGAGUUUCUUGAACGCUCAAAUCUACUGUUUGGUUGCUUGUUGUUACAAAGACGACGCCUUCCUAGUGGAAGAUGAAGAAAACGGCAGUCCUCCUCAACAAGUUGGUGAUCAUAUUGAUCAGUUACUGGAUAGUGUUGCACCUCGAUCCAUUGAGGGUCAAAACGAACAGAGCAGUUGUGCAGAUAAGAUAUCAGAAUCCAGCAAGAUUAAUGAGGUAGAGGUGGAAAAGGAGGAGGCAAUGGGCAUUGCUUCAUCCGUCGAGGGGCAACGCAUCUCUCGUCGAACUGUUUCCAAACCCAGAGAGAGUAGUUCUGGAGAUGUUAUAACAGAAAACUCCAUCUCCAGAUAAGAAGAAGAAGAUGAAGAUGUGUUACGACGGGCAGUGAAGAAGUUUAAGCGUAAUCUCGAGGGCAGCCCGCAGACGCUCCGACUCAACG